AUGUCUCCUAAUGAAACAGUGAAUCCAACACAACAAAGGGUACCAGCAGUACCAAAACCUAUUACUAAAACAAAUUCUGUUCCUCCCGUAGGUAAUUCAAUUCGAAGCCUUUGGGCUGCUCGUUUGGCGUCCAGAAAACCACAAAAGACGCCAGUAACAUCAAUUCCGUCAUUAAAAGAUGGACUACAAAAACAAGCACCUUUGGUUUUCACAACUAGAAUGCCACAAUAUGCAACAAGCGCACCACAAAUACAACAAGAAUCAAAACCACUUUCUGCAAGUUGGGACAUAAAAGCCACUCUGUCACAAAUGGCACAAAGAGUAUCAAAAGAGCAACAACAGCUAAGACUAUCAAACUCAAUAAGUAGUAGUAGUGUGCCUACUUCUACAAAACAACAACCUGUAUUGCAGCAACAAGUAACAGAACCAUCGCAAACGACACCACAGCAAGUAUCAACUGUACCCAGUUUAAUUCAAUCAGCGAUCGAUAUGGUACAGAAAGUACAAGGGGCAGGCGGUGCCCAAUCUUCUAAUGCUAUCUCUACUGGUCAAGUACAAUCUUCUACUUCUUCCAAAGUUGACACCGGAACUCUGAAGCAAUUGUCAUCCGUUAUUUCUGAUUUAACGCGUUACCUGGAAAGUACAUUAGGAAUGCUUAAUAAUACCGCAAAUGAAACACCCAAGGAGAGCCUGCAGACCACCCCUGGUAGUUCAUUGCCCAACAUAAACACGCCAACAUCCAUGCCAUCAUCGCCAUCUAGCCAGCCAAUAAUAACAGAAACGUUAAAUCAGCCUAUUGUAACAAAUAGUAUUCCGUCAAAUGGAGUGAAUGCAGAUAUACCAGCUCCAUUUACAGAAAUGCCGAAUAUGUUUAACCCACUUACAGAGACACCGGGCGCGUCAAACACACAGCCUGCGCCUAUUUCUAUGUCAGAUGUACUACGUUCGAGAUUUAUGAACCGAGGUUUACCCACUCAAUCACAAACGGCACCAAUUAACAAUUCUCCAUCGAACAUAAUAAUUGAAAGAAUAGCUGAGUCCGUGCCGACAGCUCCGCCAACAGAAGUCAUCAAUGCAAACCAAUUACCAAGUGAUCCAAACGCCCUGGCCAACAUGAACUUGUUACCAGCAGCGACAAGUGGUUCUGAACCUACACCAACCAACCAAAAUGCACUAGGUGAUGCAUUAUCUAUUUUUAGUACAUCUGGCAAUUCUCCAUUCACGAUAUCAGAAUCAAGGCACAGUUCCAUAUCCACAGCAACCGAAAGUCCAUUCACUGCCGUUGCGCAAGAUAAUCAAGCUCCUCCAGAGCCUUUGGUAACAAAUGCAGCUCCAUCCACAGCAGUAAAUGCAGUUACAGCAUUUGCAGAAACGCCGUUAAAUCAAGCAACAGCCGAGGCAACAAGUCAGACAGUGCUACCAGUAGAGCAGGCGGGGACACAAACGGGUAACACAGGGUCGUUAACGGAUCGAUUUGCCUCCGCUGGUGCGUCAACAAAUCAAGAGGCAAUAAAUCCAGCUACAACAGUGGACCAAGCAUCAUUAGUAGAAACGCCGCUAAACCCAACAGGAACACGUCUGACACCAUCAGAAAUGCCCAUAGAGCAGGUUGGAACACAAGCUGGUACGCAAAUGAAUCAAGUGGCAGUAAAUCCAGCUACAACAGUGGACCAAGCAUCGUUAGUAGAAACGCCGCUAAACCCAACAGCAACAAGUCUGACACCAUCAGAAAUGCCAAUAGAGCAGGUUGGAACACAAGCUGGUACUCAAAUGAAUCAAGCCGCAGCAAAUCCAGCUACAACAGUGGACCAAACAUCAUUAGCAGAAACGCCGCUAAACCCAGCACCAACAGCUGGAACAGUUACAGCAGUAGACCCAACAACAUUAGCAGAAACGCCGUUAAACCCAGCAGCAACAAAUCCGACACCAACAGAAAUGCCAAUGAAGCCAUCUGGAACAGUUACAGCAGUAGACCCAACAACAUUAGCAGAAACGCCGCUAAACCCAGCACCAACAGAAGUGCCAAUGGAGCCGACUGGAACAGUUACAGCAGUAGACCCAACAACAUUAGCAGAAACGCCGUUAAACCCAGCAGCAACAAAUCCGACACCAACAGAAAUGCCAAUGAAGCCAGCUGGAACAGUUACAGCAGUAGACCCAACAACAUUAGCAGAAACGCCGCUAAACUCAGCAGCUACAAAUCCGACACCAACAGAAAUGCCUAUGGAGCCCGCUGGAACAGUUACAGCAGUAGACCAAACAACAUUAGUAGAAACGCCGCUAAACCCAGCACCAACAAGUCCGACACUAUCAGAAAUGCCAAUAGAGCCGAUUGGAACUCAAGCUGACCCUUCAGCACAACAAGUCGCUGUAGACCCCACCACACCAGGACAAGUUAUGAACCCCGAGCAGUCACUGAACACGAUAACUGAGUCUGUGGGAAACCCGUCUUGGCAAACCAACAAUGCUGUUAAUAUUAAUCAAAUUAACCCUGAUCCCAAUCCCAAUACUAGCUUGGGGCCCCUUCAAAACGAGCAGAUGGUAGUUGGAAAUAAUCCUUUUGAAACUUCGAAUAAAAUAGUGUUAAGCCCAGCCGCAGCUACUAUUCCCGGAUCGCCAAUCGCGCAGACAGCAGGUGCUGGUUUCGCCGACCAAGCACCAGAAACACCAAUAUCAGAAACAGCAAACUCAAGUCAACAGGGAACAAUGCCCAAUUUUAACCUUGCUCAAUGGAACGCUCUACGAAGUUUUAUGGCAGCAUUUCCCCAAGUCUCACAGGCGGGACUGCUCCGGGGACUUGGGGCGCUUCCGCAAACAAGUAUUACCCAACCACAACCUGUAGUAGCACCACCGCCAUCCACCAUGCCACCACAGAGUACUUCUGUGGUUGAACCACAGCCAGAGGCCGCCCAGUCACAAACUGUUUAUCAGCCACAAGGCACAGUUCAACCUCCCACUGAAGGGCAAGCACAGCAGGUUGUAACAGUACAAGUUGCUUAGCAACCACACAAUAUCUAGACAGUAAGCUACAGACAGUCCGUCGUAAACGUAUGUUAACCGUAAAUGGGUAUUCAAACCUAAUAUUCUAUAGGGCUGAUUGUGAAUUAACCUAUCCCUGGCAUCCAUCUGUAUGACGUAUAAACACAACGUCAACCAAUCAGAUUAUUUCGUCGUUGUUACGUGAUCAUCAAAGCGACGACCCUUUUUCUCCGACAAUCUAAAAAUUCAAUAAGUUUUCAAUUUUUUAAAUUUAUGUGUUUUCUAAUCUAAAACAUUUUCUGUAAAAACUAAGGCCUGAAAAAGGUUUCACGGAGAUGUUAAAAUGUCACACUGAUCAGAAGUGAAUAUUCGCUAGGCCGCUACAAUCGCUUAGGAGGGAUGGCAUUGGCGUGGCUUAAUGAGCUCACGAUAUCAACAUUUUUCCAUCCACAAAUUAAAUCCUAAAACAUUUUUUUGAAGUAUUAGAAAAAUAAAUAAAGGUGUUAGAAGUAUAUCAAGAUAAAAAAAAUAUUUCUUGUUUUGUGUAAAAGGCACCGACCUGCCCGGACCAGUUAACGCAACAACGCCUUAUGUAAACAAUGCACGCGCCGUAGAGCCAAAAAUGGACGCCCCGUGAUGUGACGUCACCUGGUCAAUUAGUUAUCUAUUACAGGGAUAUAACAAGGCUUUUACAAUAACUCAAUGGAAGCGGGCGACAAAUAAAGUUAUUUCACACACCCGCACACACCUCUAUGGAACAGAUUGGUAAAAUGUAGGUUGUCUGAGAAAAACGCAUAGCCUAGUCACGUAUUGUCAUGGUGACGUGGCUAUCUGCAAUGGGGAUAGGUUUAUUUUACUAUCUAAAGCGUUUGAACGUUUCGAACUGAAGUGGAUUAGAUGUGAUACUUCUCGCGUGGUCUCUGUCUUUGGAUUAAAGUAACAGAAUUUCCAUUAUUUCUUGUAAGGAAGGUUUAUUACGGGGUGUUUUUGUACGUGGUGGUGGUAAUUUGUUUCAAACUGGGUAAUUUCGAAAAGAACUAUGCCAUCAUCUACUGUUUACGUUUCAAUGUACAUACUGUUCAGUGUAAGGGUAUAUGACCUCCCCACCGUUGUUUUUUUUGGUUGUUUUUUUCGAUUUGAGAAGCAUUAUGUAAGAUUUAAAUAAAGAGUUGGCUGCUCUUGCUAUAUAAUAGUUCAGGCAUAGAUAAUGAAAAAUGAAUACAUGUAUAUUGAAAAUUUCAGUCAAAUCUUUUCUUUUUUUCAUUUUCUUUUUUUUUGAGCCAAGUUAUGAGUACAAUGUAUUUGAAGUUUUGACAAGAUAAUCUCUGUUGUCGUGUAACAUUUCAUUCUAAUUGUUCCUUUGCGAGCGAGGAUAUUAGCUUUUGUAGGUUUGACAAGGUGUGUGCAUUUCUUGCAACCACCACUGGUUUUUCGAAGCUUUGCCUCGCGUCACCAUUUUUUAGAUUAAACCAAAAUAUGGCUGAACCUUUCGAAUCUACUUAAUAUCUGAGAUAUCCGAUGACAUCGUGAGUUGAUUAUGGUCUUGUCGUGUUAAUAAAAGUCUAAUUAAAACAUGUAGUUUACAUAACAUUUCAGGCCUUAAGGACCUGCAACAGGCAGAGUUAGCCCUUGCAUAAUGUAUGUUUAAUAAUUUAGAUAACAUUUCGAGCCUAAAGAAGGACCUGCAACAGGCAGAUUUUUCUCUUGUUUAAUGGUAAGUGCGGGAGGGCGGCACCCCACAUAAACAAUUACACAAGACAAACCCUGGACAAAAAACACAUUAUAUAAAUUUUCAAACAAACAACAAACGUAUAUUUUUGUAUCAAAUCAAGUGAACGUUAUUUGGUACUUAAUCACUGUAUGUUCUAGGGCCUGUUUCACGAAAUUUUAACUAAGAUAAAAUCCAAGUUUUAGUAAUUUUAUUGGAUAAUAUUAGACUGAUUGUAGUGCUUAGCCAAUCAAAAUUGAAGUAUCUACUAAAACUUGGAUUUUAUCUUUAGCUAAAAUUUCCUGAAACAGGACCUGUUUGUUUUUAUGGUAAAAUAUUUUAUGAGUAACAUUUAUGGGUAUAUUAAAUAUUUUGUCUCUACAGGAAUUUGAUAUUAAAUCACUGAAUUUAUUUUAUGUAUUUAUUAUAAUAUAAAACAUUAUUAAUAGGUUGUCUCUGGGAAAAAAAGCGGAAAAAAUGAUUAUGGCAUUUAUGUGAUGUCCUAGUUAAAUCGUGUCAGCGUAUAUUUAACAGGUUUUUUUUCCCUAGUAUUGUCGACAGAACAAAUACUUAC